AUGUCUGACCCGCGGAACCCCGCGGGUACCGCAGACCAGGUCGAUGAAAAAGAGAUUUUGCUCAACGAAAAGGCCAAGGCGCUUUUUAGAGCAAUUCGCUGCUUAGAAUGCGGCAGUGGUCAAAAUAUUGAGUUUUCGAACGCUCCCACCGCUGUAGCGCUACGCGACCGAGUACGGAAACUGCUUCGGGACGGUCUGGAUUCGGAGACGAUUCGUGACUAUCUCACACAGGAGUACGGCCAAAGUGUUUGGUUCCAAGAAAGUGAUAUCUUUUGGACUGAUCCUGUGCUGCGUGGUUUGUGGCUUGGCGGCGCCCUGCUCGGCGGUCUGGUAGGCGUCACCGUCCUGAGGCGACGCGGCACGCUGUCGCUUACCUCGAAGACACUGGCGAGUCCGCGGUUGUUGACGAAGACGCAAAUAAGGCAGCUGACGCAGCAAAUCGUUGGGCAGCGCUGGCGCUGGAGUGCCGCCGAGGAGCGCACACUGCAGACGAUUUUGUCGCCGCCUGCACAACAGUCGGGCGUCACCCGAAAAAGCCCGUAA